AGAAAGCAGCCGUCAUUCAUUAGAAAUGGUAUGCCGAUGUGCCGCACGGCACAAACCCCCUCGGUCACCGGAUCGGCGGCAGCUGCUCGGCCCCCCGGUGCUAUUUUCACCCUCAGGAUAAAGUGAUGUGCAGCCGCCGCCCGCCCGCACGGGCCAGCAGCUGCAGUCAGACCAGAGCAGAGCCAGGAUGAAGUCCACAGGCAGCGAGCGCACCGCGCAGCUCGACGGCUUCACCUCCGACCUGGACGACCUGGACAGCGGCAGCGACAGCUCCGACGGCAAGUCCACCGGCGGCUGCAGCCCCCGCAGAGAGCCGGGGGAGGUGGCAGGGGAGGUGGCAGGGGAGGAGGCGGCGGCCGGAGGUGGUUCCCGGGGCGGUGCGCCUAAACGGAAGAGAAGGCGGAGACGCAGCAGCGGCGGAGGUGAUAGAGGCGGUGGAGACGCGCGUCUCUCCGGGGUAAGCCAACAGAGGCAGGCGGCCAACGCGCGGGAGCGGGACAGGACGCACAGCGUGAACACGGCCUUCACGGCGCUCCGCACGCUCAUUCCCACCGAGCCCGCCGACAGGAAGCUCUCCAAGAUAGAGACGCUGCGCCUGGCCUCCAGCUACAUCUCACACUUGGCCAACGUGCUGCUGCUGGGGGAGGACUGCCGGGACGGACAGCCCUGCCUCCGCUACCAGAGCAUCCUGCACGGCCCCGCCGCGCUGAGCGCGGCCUCCCUGCGGCCCAUCUGCACCUUCUGCCUCGGCAACCAGAGGAAACUGAAUUGCCCGGGUGCGGAUUUUUACGCAGAACCAGAAAGCUCAGAGAUGGAGGGAGGCACUCAGCUGCUGUGUGAAGCAAAGCGGCGCCGGACAGAUGAGUCCACCUUGAUGUUGUUUACAUGAAGACACGAGACGUAAAAAUACACCUGUAGGACUUUGUACAUAUAUAGAUCUAUUUAUUUUUGGAUUAGACUAAAAGACAGAAUGAACACUGAAAAGCACUUUCUGUUCAUGUUCAUGUGCUUCUGAACCUCUGUGUUUUGGUUGAGCUGUAACCUGAGCCGCUGUGUAAAGUUGCACCUGACGGGGGGGCUAUUUUGAUCCCACGAAUAGUACAAACUACUCCCAACCCCCACCCCAUGUCCAACUCUAAAAAAAAAAAAAGCCUUGCCCCCUUCAGUCACAUGAAGGAAACUGAAGAGCAGCUAUUGCAGCGGUUGCUGUCAGUUGAGUGGCGUGCUGUCAGAAAUAUCCAAUUAUGCAGGGGCACUUUAAAGGGACAUUAACUGAUCUAUCACCUCUGCUCUAGUGGUGAACAGUGGGAACUGCAACAACACUGACAGAACUGAGAUCUACAUCUGGCAUUGUUUGCUCUAUGCAUGUUAAAACAUGACAUGGCACUUUUUUUUUUUUUGUUAAAUUAAUCCCAAGCAGCAACGUCUGGGGCUGAAAAAUGAAGCCAAUGCAGAAGGGCUAAAAACUGCAGCUCCUCAAAUGGCCACUUGAGGCUGGCUCCAAAAGCGAGUCAGUCCCCAUAGAGCCCCGUGUUAAAAUGCCCAACUUCACAGCAGAAAUAAACAUGUUUACAGUCUGGUACAAAAAACGGUUUUGGUUUCUAUAGCUAAUUUCCCCGUUCAUGGCAACUGUGAGGGGGGUGAAUUUAUAUUAAAGCUUAAAGUUACGCAUAAUUAAGGACGUGGGCGCUUUGAGUGACAGGUGGCCAGCCGCUAGGUGGUUCCAUCGACCAAGCUUCGUUCAGCCGCCUCAGCUCCACCACCCAUUUUUGGAUUAGCCGGAGCCGGGUACUGCCAAGACGGCGACGACCUAUGGGUGACGUCCCGGACACUACGUCCAUGUUUUAUACAGUCUAUGGUUAAUCUACACUAGAUUAACACACUUUUUUUUUUUGGUGCAUUAAAGGGUUACAGUGAGAUCUAAAAGAAAGCAAGGGGAAUUUUAGAGUGUGAUUGCAUACAAAGCCAAUGACACGAUUAGAAUCGGAUUUGCCCUGGGUGGCACAAAUUGACAUAAAGUUCAACAUUUUUCAACUUCAGAAAAACAUUUGCAUUUGAGUCUAUUAGACUGGACUGGAGCGAUAUGAACGAAGCAGGGCGAAAAUUAUGCCCUCAAAUCCCAAAAUAUCCUCUUUAAACCUGAACACAGUUCACAAUUAAGGGUCAAUAUAUCACAAGUGGAGGAUAUAUUUGGGGAUUUUUGGGCUGCUUUACCUGCUUUGACAAAAUCAGGGAGAUGAUGCUUCUUUAAGUUAUUUUGGAUGAAGUUGGGAAUAUUUUAUGUAGCUUUAUGUAAAAAUGGUGCCCCGGUUGAGUCCGCUACAGAUUCAAUUUCUUGUACCUAUCGUGCGAGUUAAUAACUGUGACCACUUUGCGCACACGAGUAUGAAUUUCUACCAUCUCCAAUAGAAUUAGUUUUGGCAUCUCACCUAACGUGACCUUACAUCACUCUGCAAAUAAUCACAUCCUGCAAAGGACAAAGUCAAAAGACAAAACAAAAGUCUUGAUAUUUGUCUCCACCAGGAAGUUUUUGCAUGUGUAUGUGAGACAUCACAUCAUCUGUUACUAUGUUAAGCCUGCAAACAGGGAACUUUCUAUGGCAGCAAACACUUGAAAAUACACCGACAGGCAGGUUUUUUUUUUUUUUAAAAGCUGCUUAAAAAUGAUGUGCAAAUUUUUCUUUUCCCUAGGAACAUGACAAAUGUGCGUCUGACAUGUCAUUUAAUCUCAUGUCACAUAUUGAGCCUUAAACUCCUAAUUUAAGAAAAAUCUAUUUCCCUCCUCCACCAGAAGGGUCGUGUUUCUAUUUGUUGUAUGAGUUUGGGAUCAUUAUCAUUUCAUUGAAUUUUGAUGUCUUAAAUCUGGGCCUGAUAUUUCCUCCUUUAAAUUUAAAUUUUUUUGGAGUCCCGAUUGUUGCUGUUUUAAUGCACUGGUGGAAAUCAGACAUCUGGAUUUCAAAACUGGGCACCUAAGGAGGUUUUAGGCUCCACCAAUGUCAGAAAUAAGUGAAUUGUUCCUAAUUUGAAGAUCCAAUCACAAUACUGAAUGGGAUACUACUUUAACCCUUUGUCUAUCUUUCAGCUGUUUGCCUGAGUUCAAGAUGAAAUGUUAAGAUAAAUAUAUUUGCAGUGUGUUGAAAUGUUUACUUUUGCAUUGUUGCACAAUCUCUGCUAUCACUUUAAAAACACAAAGCUGAUGUUUUGUGUGCACAUGAAUGUGGGAUGCCCAGGCAUGCAAAGUGUAUUAGUUUGCCUUUUGUACUAAUUUGGAGAAUAUCUAAAUGUAAUCCUUUUACAAACAACUGGAUCCCUUGAUAUUUAUUAUUCAGCACAUAUGGAUUGAAAACUAUCACUGGCAAAUGUUGCACACUACCUCAAAUCUAUGUAUUAAAUAUGAAGGCCUACCUCUAAAUCUAAUGUGUAACAUGACUGUAUAAAAUGUACUUGAAUACCUGACAACUGUGUCCUUUUUGCACAUCUCCAAUCAUAAGAAGCUGCUUGAAGAAAAAUGUAUUUUUGUACAAUAAAAAUAAAAUCAAACUGUCUUCUCUUUGUUCAUUGUCCGUAAAUGCUCAAAAACAAUUUGUAAUUUAAGUCAACAAAAACAACAACAACAAAAUCUAAUGCAAUCCACUUUGACUAAAAACAAACACAAAAACCCUGUAACAGUAAAAGUGCUCUAAAGAAGAUAAUGAAGCCGAUAUGCUGUUUGGUCAUUCUUAAAACGCAGGUGCUAGUAGUGUAAGUAAAGUAGUACAUUUGGGCGACUUUUUGAUAUCACAGUUCAUUCUAUGCAAUCCAGUUAAUGCCAAAAAGAUUAAAAGUUGUACGACAAAAACAAUAGGAAUUAACAUACUAUCUAAAUUUUGAUUUACUAAGCAGUGAUGUUGGCGCAUUAAAAUCCAAAAGGACGCAGUAAACUCACUGCUGACGCAUCCAGGGGACGCACCCUACUUUUUCCUUGAUAAUGCUACACAUUGUGAACAACAAAUCAGUGCUCUCUGCGUCGGGGCUGAGCACACACACACAAACAAUUUUUUUGACCCCACGAAUAUAAUAAAACAAGCCCACACACACACACACACAGAAGUCAGAGAACAGCAGAGAGGUGGUGGAGAUUACUCGAGUUGACGACAACUAUGCUCGUUACUGUAAGUGCAGUAAAAAGCCAAUACUUAUCAAUGCACCUGUUGAACAAGCAUAAACAUGUGAACAUGCAGAAAGCGAUAUUUUAAUCUGCUCUCAUCCACUGCCACUAUGUUUUACACAAGCACAGCGAGCUAGCUCAGCUAAUAAUGAAUUCUUACAAACAAGCUAAAAUGAAGCUGUCUGUGUGUAGUCUGUUUAUCUUAGUUGGUCACGAAUCUUAAAAUUUGGCAAAUUCUUGUAAACUUACUGCUGGCUGAGACAAAGCAGCCCCUCCUCCAUCUGCCUGCGGUAACGUUAGCUGCAGGUGAAUCACAGCAGCAGCAGAGGGAGGAGGACAGAGGACAGGAGGAAAGGACUGAUACUGACUGAUGUCGGAGUUCUCCAUUCUUUCUAAAUUUCACACAGUAUUUUGAUGUCAGGAAUAUGAUUUAUUUUAUUGACAUUUUAGAUUUGUUUCCAGUGAGAUAUUGAGUUUAUAUAGUGACUUUUCAUAUUUUUUAAUAAGUAAUUAUGCAGUAAUGAAAAAGAACUGAUACGAGCAUCAAUAAAAAUCCUAAUGAUAGUUUAACACUACAAUUUUUAAAAAAAACAAAUUCAAAUGACCACCUGUGGGUCCCGGGGGACUAACUGCACUGAAAACUUAUCAAUAUCACUGAACAAGUAAAACUUAUGAUACAAUUUUGACUUGAAUCAAAAUCAAAAAUUGACUUGUUACAGUCACAUUUUUCCUUCUCUUGGAAAUGGGCUUCCUACAGAUUAUUACUUUUUAUUUCAUUAAAAAAUUUUUAACAACUUAAUUACAUAAAGAGACACUAUUUUUGACUACCAUUUCAUCAUGGGGGAGAAAAUUGUUUCCUGCUUCAUGGAAAUAUCAAAAGUGGGCUUUAUAUGCCAAAAUAUCAAGCUUAAAAUGAAUUUUAUUUUCAGUUGGUGUUUAAAGCAACACAUUUUAAAAAGUGCCUCAAGAUUUGUUUUGAAAAUCUGGUGCUGCACUUAGAAAAUCUGUUACAAAUUCUUAACUGCUAGUGUUCAUGCAAUAAUCUUAUAAAAUUAAAACUUAAGUUGCAUAUAAGCUAAGGGUUUGACUUCUGUUACCAAUUGUUUUCAUGCACUGACAUAGGGUCAUUGUUUAUUAUAGCUUUAUCACAAGAGUGCAGUUUGAUGCAGCUAAUUUCCUUUAGUUUUUAUAUCUAUAAUUAGAAAAAAUAAUAAUAAAAAGCCAAAGAACACAGACGAAGCAUUUCAAUAAUCUUUAUUUCAUAAAAAAGUCAAUCAGUUUAUAUCAGAUUAAAGAAAGUAGAAACCAAUAAUAAUCAGUUAGCUGGCGAGGCAUCUUACAGGGGGGCAUGUCUUCUGACAGACUGACCAGAGCGACCUCAACACGCCAUACAGGUUUACCCAAAAGUCAAGAAAGUAGGCGACGUUUAAGAUCCAACAGGAGCCAAAACGUGAGCUGGGCAAAAAAAAAAUACAAAGUUAAAGGGGAGAUUAAAAAAUAAAAAUUUUGCAUUCAUAUUUUCUUCUGCCUUGUAGUCACAUGGCAAAAAUGCGAACUCGAAAUAUUAAACAAAUCCUGGGUCAGAUUCAUACAAGCCGCGGCCAUCGAGAUCACAUGGAAUGUUUUGUAUCCAAAUUACAGAAGGUAUUACAACAAUAAUACCAGCCAAAAA